AUGUUGCAUGGGGAGAAGCCUCGCGCCUGCACCAACUGUUCUCGGGCGAAGGCAAGGUGCGUCUGGCGAGACAAUGACGAUGACGUUUGCCAAAGGUUAUGCCCCAGUCAUGCCAAAAUAUUAGAGCAAAAGUUGGACGAUAUCAUGGAUCUGUUGACUGGUGAUGGAAAACGCCCACCUGACUCCGAGCAACGUCCUCCAUUCCAUCAGACCGAGGGCGCUACGCCAACCACAACGCCUCAAACCCACCCCGCAGCUCAAUCAUCGGAGAAUCCAGAAUCAAUAGCCCCACCGCACGGAUUAAUUUCUGUAUUCCCCGGGUUCGAGAUUUCUCGUCAUGAAGCCGAUCAGAGCCUUGAAGAAUACAUGACCACCAUGCUUACCGAAUUCCCUUUCGUCCCUCUGCCCUCCUCUAAUCUUUCCCAGGCACUGGAAGAGAAGCCACUUCUCACCAAGACGAUCAUAUGUGUCUCAAUCGGUUUGGUCGAAGAUCUGAAGCUGACUAGACCCCAAAAGACAACGGAUUUAUCAUUCAAAUCGAUUGUCGAGGAUGCAGCUCAUUUACGUGAUGAUCUCCCAGUCCAGCCGAAACAAACUCGCGCGGAUCGAAGAACCUUGCUCGGGGUCUACUAUAUAACCUCCUCUCUAUGCAGCAUUCUCGGUAAACGAUGCAAGCCAGAGUACACAGCACACUUCGAUGACUGCUGUAGUCAACUUUUACACGAUCAGGAAUACCCGACGGAUGCAUUGCUCGUGCAGCUUGUGCGCAUACAGAAAAUUGCGAUGAAGGUAAACGACGCGUUCUGGGAGACGACCGGGGCCACCAAUGAAAGGCCGCUCGGCGGUAUCUACUCUAACACUGUUGCCUCUAUCCAAACUGAGCUGGAUGCAUUUGUCGACCAGCUGCCCGCCAAUUUGAAGUGGAGCCAUCUGUUGCAAACCCAUUGCGCCACCGUCCGCAUUCGCUUGUUUGAGCCCUUCAGAUACGGCGACCAGACAGAGAUCAUUGAGCCCACACAUCUCAGAUGCCGCAGGAUAUGGGAUUGCUUGCAGAGCACACAGGCACUCCAUGACGAAUUCCGCCUGGUGCCGGUCGAAUCGUAUCCCACUCUUACUUUCGUAACCGUCCUGCACCUCGCGCUUGCCAUCAUCAAAGCCUUGCGUCUUCUGUGUGUUGAGGAACAGGCCUGGGAUCUGACCACCGCACGCGCUACGUAUGAUCUUCCGGGUAUGCUUCGGGAGCUGAGUAAGAGGUUUGAGGUUGCGAGCAGAGGUGGCAGCCCCAGAAGCAGAAUCCUACUUCAAGGCCGGCCCAUUUUCUCCGCCUACGCCGAAGCAUAUCGAGGCAUCGAGCGUGGGUAUUCGACCAAGCUAAAUGGUGGCGUGGUGCCUCCGGGCCCGGCAUUAGUGGACCCAGUCAAUGCAUACGGCGGGGAGCAGUGCGACAUGGACUUUUGGGCUCAGUUAUCCGAGUUGACAAAUGGACUUGUACCUUAA